CUGUGGAAGAAUACAUUACAUCUUCAUUCCCUCACCAAAUUCAUAUCUUUCCCUCUCAUUGCUCGCCGUCGAGAGCUAUCUCCUCAUCGCGCUCUCGAUCGAGCUUACGAUUUGAGCUUUGUAUUUGGUGUCGAUCGUCUCCGAUGAUUCAAUUGCGAGGGAAAUGAACUGCGCUAACAAAAUGGACGUGGCAGCGCAGUUGAAGCGGGGCAUAUCAAGGCAAUUCUCGACGGGGUCGGUGCAGAGGAGCGGCAGGUUCAGCUUCCGGCGCCAAAAUUCGCUCGAUCCACGCCGCAAUACGUUGCGUUUCAGCUUCGGCAGGCAGUCUUCGCUAGAUCCGAUUCGGCGAUGUCCGUCUGAUGAGGCGGAAUUGCUGACGGUGCCGGAGAACCUCGACUCCACUAUGCAGCUCCUCUUCAUGUCUUGCCAGGGCGACGUCGAGGGUGUCAAGGAUUUGCUGGAUGAAGGGAUUGAUGUCAAUAGCAUCGAUUUGGAUGGCCGAACCGCUCUGCAUAUUGCCGCUUGCGAGGGGCAUGUUGAGGUUGUGAAGCUCCUGCUCAGCCGAAAGGCCAAUUUCGAUGCCCGUGAUCGAUGGGGCAGCACGGCAGCAGCUGAUGCUAAGUAUUAUGGAAAUUCUGAAGUGUAUAGUAUUUUGAAGGCCCGUGGGGCCAAAGUUCCAAAAACCAGAAAGACACCAAUGGCUGUUGCUAAUCCGCGGGAAGUUCCAGAGUAUGAGCUCAAUCCCCUGGAACUUCAGAUUCGCAGAAGUGAUGGUAUCAAGGCAAGAUCUUAUGUUCUUUCAAUUUAUACUAUCCAUGAAGCAUACUGCGUAAUAAUUCUACAUGGCAUAUAUACCCUACAAUACAUCGGUCUAACAUGCGUAUCUUGAUCCCACGUGGGACAGAAGUUCAU